AUGAGUGGAUGGGUGGAAGGGAGGAAGGGACGGGAUGAUGUUUGUUUAUAUACAUUUUGUGAAGAAUUUUUAAGAAAACCUUGGGUGAUUUUCUGUAUUUGUCACAAUUCGGACAAUUGUGGUGAGAUUCCUCCAUACUCGGCCGACGAAGAGAUGGCAUUCGGAGCCGUGCAACUCGGCCGUGAGGGACGCAAAAAUGGUGGGCGUCUUUUUGGAGAGUCGGCGCCGAUGUGGGGCUUUCGGGAGCGAUGA